UCAGAGCAAGCUGUUUGAAGGAGAGGUAAUGGCAUUGAUAUCUUAGUUCAUAGUGCAACCAAUUAGAAUUCACAUUAUGGCAGCAACCUAUAGGCGUGUAGUAACAACAGCAAAUUGUUACAGCAGUGUUGUGAUAGAUCGGAGACUCCAGCAAGCUGUGCAUUACUGCACUGGGGCAUGUCAGGUAUUCAAGCAAGGUGUUAUGUGCAUAGUGGCCCACCACAGUGUUUGUGCAGAGCUAUUGAAGGUUCCUACUCCAGACCUCAGAUGUUCAGAUCUGACCCGUCGGUUUUCAAUGCCUGAAAAUUCCCUUUCCUUGGCUGGAGAUGAAGAUUAUCACCAAAUUCUCCCUAGUAAUCCAAGACUCAAAAAGGGGACUUCAGUUCAAAGCACUGGAAGCCUGAAGAACAUCACCGGAGAAGCUAUAAAUCUUGCUAGUGGAAAAAUAAAAGAAUUCUCAUUUGAAAAGUUAAGAAGUUCUUCCAAUCAUGUGACCUACAGAAAGGGAAGAAAAGUUAAGUCAGACCCAUUCAACAGAAGAUCACUGGAUUUUGACUUGAUCUAUGGACAUUUCAGCAAUGAUGAAAAUUCCCCCCCUCCCUUUGGCCUGUCGCAGAUGUCUUCACCUGAGGAGAAAUGGCAGGUCAGCAGGACCUCAUUAGAGGGAAAUGUGAAUUCUACUUUCCCUGUGCCUUUACAAACUUUAUCUGAGGACAGCUUUAUCACACAGAUCUUGGAAAAGCACAAGCUGGAUGGUUCUUCCAGUGGGGAUAUUAAAAUGUGCUUGGACAUCUUGCUCAAAUGCUCAGAGGACUUGAAGAAGUGUACUGAUAUAAUAAAGCAGUGCAUCAGGAAGAAAUCUUCAGGUAGCGUCAGUGGAGGAAACAGUAAUGAUCCCUUAGUCAAUUCUGACAUUAUCUAUAUGAAUUUAAUGACAAGGUUUUCUUCUUACCUUAAAAAACUUCCUUUUGAACUUAGACAGCCUGGACUCACUGAGCCGGGUGACAUGGUAGAACUGAUUAACAGUUUAUCUGCUUUGCAACAGGCUCAUUUCCCUCCAAUAUUUGGCAAUGAGCAGCCACCUAGAUAUGAGGAUGUUGUACGCUCUCCAUCCUCCAUAACAAGGCAGUCUCUCACUACAGACUUGCGAGGUAGCCAGAACACCCCUGAUACAAUUGGCUUGUCAAAACCUACCCAAAUCCUCAAUGUAGAUUUUUCCUUAACUGAUUUACAUGACAACAACCAACAGGAUAACUUAGUAUCUAAAAAUAAUGCUUGUUCACUACCUCAGUUACUACCUGUAAACCCGUCAAGCUGCAUAUCUUCCACGGAAACUCUGUACAUUGUGGAAGAAUCAGACAGGGAAAAAGAGUUAGGCAGUGUAUCAACUGCUAAGACUGGAGGAAGUUGGGAGAAUUCAGAGAGCAGUCAGCAGAGAGCUGACAGGGAUGUCCCUGCUGUGGUCUCUACUAAAAAAUUGCCUACUGUAGGACAAUCUGUACCACUGCCCCAAAUUUCCACCCAAGCAGCCUCUGUCAAUAGCCAUGAUGCUACUGCUCAGAAUUCUAAAGAAGAAUGUAGAAAGAACAACCAAGAAGAGAUAGACAAACUUCUGUUGGACUUGGAGCAUUUUUCACAGAAAAUGGAAACUACCCUGGGAGGAACUUCCAAUAAGGAUACUGAUUCUGCAUGUUUGAGGGAUAUUGAUCUAUCUCGGACUCUUGAAAACAACAGUAAAGCCUGCCCAGUCAUAGACAAAAGUGCUUCUCCCUCUUUAUCAAAACUCAUAGAAACCAAUGGUCAUAAAAUGGAAGAAGACGACAAAAACCUUUUAUUGCGUAUCCUGGAGAGUAUUGAAGACUUUGCUCAGGAACUGGUAGAAUUUCGAAUGGGCAAGGGAAGCUUAUCAAAAGAAAAGGAAGUGAUGUACAUUCUUCAGGAAACUUUGGCCACUCCCUCUGUUACAGCUGUCCAGCAGAGCCACCCAGGUGCGGUAGCCAAAGAACCUACUGCAGCACUCAUUCAACAGACAUCAGAGGUUAUCAAGGUCCAAAAUAAACAAGAGAAAAAACCUGUGACUCCAUCCCCUGCUCCUGCAAAUGCAACCAUCAACCCACCAUCUCUUCUGCCUGCAAAUAAAGUCAUUGGUGCCCCUUUGUCCAUAAACAUUCCACGUUUCUACUUCCCCAACGGACUCCCUAAUGUCUGCAGCAAUCAUGAGGAGAUCAUUGCCAAGACUGAGGCAGCCUUUUCAGAGUUUGAAGAUGAGAGAGCCACCAUUAACGAAAUGGGGAAAAUUGCAAAGAUUUGCUGCUGUCCUCUGUACUGGAAAGCUCCCAUGUUCAUUGCAUCAGGAGGAGAGACAACAGGAUUUGUAUCUGUACAUUCAUUUGUGGCUAUGUGGAGGAAGAAAGUACAAAACUGCCACGAUGAUGCGUCCAAGUUUAUUUGUCUUCUAGCAAAACCCAACUGUAACUUUUUGGAACAGGAAGAUUUCAUCCCAUUACUGCAGGAUAUAGUAGAAACUCACCCUGGCCUGACAUUUCUAAAGGAUGCUCCAGAAUUCCAUUCCCGCUACAUUACUACGGUUAUUCAAAGAAUAUUUUACACAGUCAAUAGAUCCUGGUCUGGGAAAAUCACUCUAACAGAGUUAAGGAAAAGUAACUUCCUGCAAACCCUAGCCCUCUUAGAGGAAGAGGAAGACAUAAAUCAGAUCACUGAUUAUUUUUCCUAUGAACAUUUCUAUGUCAUUUACUGUAAAUUCUGGGAACUGGAUACUGACCAUGACCUCUACAUCAACCAGAAAGAUUUGGCUAGAUACAAUGAUCAAGCUCUGUCAAGCAGAAUUAUAGAGAGAAUAUUCACUGGAGCUGUGCUUAGAGGAAAUCAAGUACACAAAGAAAACCAGAUGAGCUAUGCAGAUUUUGUAUGGCUUUUGAUUUCUGAAGAAGACAAAAGAAGUCCCACAAGUAUUGAAUACUGGUUCAGAUGCAUGGAUUUGGAUGGGGAUGGCAUGCUGUCCAUGUAUGAACUGGAGUAUUUUUAUGAGGAACAGUGUGAGAGGAUGGAAUCCAUGGGCAUUGAGCCAUUGCCAUUCCAUGAUUUACUGUGCCAGAUGCUUGAUCUAGUAAAGCCAGAAUGUGAUGGUAGAGUUACUCUGCGAGACUUGAAGAGAUGCAGAAUGGCUCAUGUUUUUUACAAUACCUUCUUUAACCUUGAGAAGUACCUUGACAAUGAACAACGGGAUCCCUUUGCUGUGCAAAAGGAUGUUGAGAAUGAUGGCCCCGAGCCUUCUGACUGGGAUAGAUAUGCUGCUGAGGAGUAUGAAAUUCUUGUUGCUGAAGAGUCUGGCAAUGAACAUUUACAAGGAUCCUUUGAUGAUGACUAUGAAGCAGAUGAAUUCUUACCUCUACCUGAAAUUGAAGAAAAGUCAGACAAAUUAGUUAUCUCAGAUCUUUCGACAUAAAAAUACUGAAUACUAAUAGAUCACUGGGGUCUGUUAGUAUUAAUUGGAAGAGUCCUCAGUUGUUCCAUUUCAAGAAUUAAUUUUUUUUCUUGAAGCAACAACCAACAUUGGAUACAAUAACACUGUUUUUAAUGAAUGGCGUGCUUCUGCAUUAUGGUAACUUCCAAAAACAUGGUGGUUAAGCGUGAUGAUGUUUUAUAAACUGUAAAUAUACAAGAUGGG